GGUUAUUUUUGGAACAAUUAAUCCCCUAAUUUUUUCUUUUCUUUUCUUCUAUUAAUUAUAAACAAUUUUACUUUCGAAGUUAACGGCCAUACAUAAACCCUUCUCUCCCACUCGGCGGAAUCCGUUCCCGGUAUUUCCGUCGCCUGCCGACAUAUUAUAUUAGCAGAAAAACUCCAGAGUUAAUAGUUUGUGCCAAAAGAAAUGCCUCACAGAACAAGGCCAAUGACAGCACUUUUGCUGUUCACUGGACUCAAUGCCGUGUUAGUCUCAACAAUAACUCCGGUUUAUGAUUUCGUGUGCUUCCUUCCAUACUGGGAAAGAAGGAGAGAACGUCGGCGCCAGGAACGCGAAGCUGCAUUAGCGAAAGGUUCUGGAUCAGCAUAAAAGAGAUCACAAUCAGCAAAAGGUUACUGUAGAGUUUUUCUGGGAAAAUGUGGACUUGCACAGAAGUUGUCAUAGAUCAUGUCAAGAUUUUUCCGAAGGUUUGCGACACAGAAGUUUUUAUUAGUUUGAUAAGCUGAUGGAUGAUAUUGUUAGGAGGUUAAAAGAGCGUAUGCUGAAUGUGUAUUAGCAUCCUCAACGGCGUGGGAUUUCACUUUGAUUCUAGAAAUGGGCAUAAAAACAUAAAAAAUUAAAAAAAUUAAAAGAUCUUAAUCAUAUUUGUCAUUCUAAUUUGUGUAUUCUAUUUUUCCGAUUUCCUUUGUUUUGUAUAAUCGGGUUGUGGCACGUUGACAUUCAAUGUGGAACUUUGUUAAAGAUUAUGCCAAGAAUCACAAUACGUGUU